AGCAGUCUCAUUUGAGCAUGGACCCUUGGUCUAUCGCCUCUAUAACUAUAUGUCAGUUCUUCAGUGAUAGUGUUUAAUGUGUGUUUAGUUCUCUUAAACGCGAUAUCUGGUUUCAACAUAAAGAAACAAAUAGUUUCUAAAUUUUAAGAUCUGAUAUUCUUCAUUUACAAAAUGACAAUGGAAGAACGUUCCUGUGGCCGUGAACGUGAAACACCUGUUAUUUCAACAACUACAAUCUUAUCUUCAACUUCUUUGUCUGAUGAUACAUCUAAAAAUACUUCGAAUUCUCCUCAAAAAGUUAAUAAACGAUCCUUUGAUGUCGCUUUUUUGGUAGCACCGGAUGAGAACCUUUCAAAACGUCAAAGCGAGAAAGUCAGCGUAGUUUGUGUUAAUAAAUUGACAGAUAUGACUAAUGAUUAUUUUCGCCAUUCUAUAAUGGGAAAUCGACAUGACUGUGAAGGACAGGAGAAAUCAUCUCAAAAAGUAACUAAAAAGCAAUCUGAAAAUCAUAGAAAGAGGUUACAUCAAUAUCCAGAAGACUGUUUUAGUUGUUCUUAUAUUUCUUCAAAAACAGUAAGUCCAGUAUUAACAAGAAUUUCUUCAGAACAAAAUGUAGAACUUUAUACUCAUGCCAGAUCACAAAAAAGUAAUACUUUGCCAAGUCUCUCUCAGGAUUCGCAAAAUAUCUUGGGGAGGUAUGUGGAUAUGAUUGAACCAAUUGGAUUAACUUGUUCAACAUCAUGUUCGGAAGGAAUUGGUGAAUCAAAAAGCGCAUUUACUAAAGUAUCAUUGAAUUCAUCAAGAAACGGUUUCGAUGAUGAACAAACAUCUCCUAGAUCAUCGAUUUCACCAGACGGAGCAAGCUAUCAAAGCAGUAUUAGUCCACCUGUUCUCCCUUUGUCAGGAAAUUCUACCUUCAAAUGUUGUUCAUUACCUACAAAAAUAACAUAUCCAUUCUUAAUGGGACCGGAUGCACAAAAGUCUAGUUUUUUGGAUAAUAUAAAGACUUCACAAACACCAAAGAUACAUAAUCAAAUGUAUCCCAGCCUACCAUAUAAUCCAAUUUCCGUUUUCCCUCAAAUAAGCGACACUCUCUCAAGACCUAGAUUCCUAACAUCUACUGGUAGUGUAACAGGACUAUUACCAGCAUCUUUAGCAGCGCUGACACUUCCAGCUCAAAACGUGUGCGCCAAAUGUAAUCUUUCAUUUCGUAUGACUUCAGAUUUAGUUUAUCACAUGAGAUCGCAUCAUAAAAAUGAAACUUUGGGGGAAUCAUCGAGAAGACGACGUGAAGAGAAACUUAGAUGUCCAGUUUGUGACGAAAGCUUUAGAGAAAGGCACCAUCUUACACGUCACAUGACGGCACAUCAAGAUAAAGAAAGUGAUGCAAUGGUUGAUCAAGUAGAAGUCAAGAGAAGAACUGCUCCCAUUCAUAGCAAGUGACAUAGCAAAUUUUAGUCCACGAAUAAUUUUCAUUCACAAGGUAUCAUUAAAAACUUUAAAUCAAUACGUAUAAGAUCUCAUCUUUAGGUGAGUUUGUGAUCUUACAUAAUACAUUAUUAUAGGAUAUUACAAAAAAAGUUACUUUUCAACACAGAAACUUGCAAUAUAAAAGUAGUUUUAACAGAUUCACAAUCAUUAGAAAAAUUUCUAUUUCAAACAACUAUUUUUCCUUAAGUCGGUAAUAAUAUUCAAGUACUUUAAAUUUUCAAAAUAUUACACUGAUGCACAAGAAAACAAGUUGUCUGUUUAUUAAUCCUCAGAUGGUAAAUUCAAACGGUCUACACUUUUUGACAAAAAUUAUAAAGUUAGAAAACCGCAGUUCUCAAAGUGAAAAGUCUGUGAAAAGCGAAGUCAGGAUAUUUACAGAGGGUCCAUUACGUAACUAUUAUGCAUUCCAUUUUUUACUUUCCGCAUUCCGCAAUGUACUUUUCACUUUUCGCAAUCUGUAUUUUGCAUCUCACUUUUUCCCUUUCGCAUUCUACUUUCCACCUUCUGCAUACCACUUUUUGCCUUUCAUAUUCCAUUUUUUUUUCCGCAUUACGGAUUCCACCUUCCGCAUUCUACAUUCCACAUGUGGAAUACGGAAAGUAAAAUGUGCUAUGCCGAGUAGUUACUAAUAAGUUUAGUUUUUUUCCGCACAAGUAUUAUUGUACUAUUUUUAUAUAGAAAUGACGCGAGAUUUAAAAAGACUAACCUAAAAUUAGGUUAACCCAGUAAUGUCUGAAAGUUAAAACUGGAGCAUAUCUAGUUGCUGAAAAUGAAUCCGAAGUCAAAAUUUGCUUUAUUAUCCUCUUUUUUGAAAAAAAUCGAGAAAACUAUCCUUAAUUGAAUACAAAUAAAAAUUAAGAGAUAUGAAAUUGAAAAAACAGGUUGUCUCUUAAAACAGAAAAAUAUAUAUUUUUAAAAGGUAACAAAGUAGAGUGGUUUGUGUUUUUAUUUUUGCCCAUAAAAAUGAAACAAAUUUAAUUUUCAAUAAGUUGAAUGCUCUAAUUUCUAUUAGACAUAAAACCCUAAUUUUCUAUUAUUUUUUCAGUUUUAUGAAAUUUUUUGAGUGAGACUCAAAAUUGA